AUAUAUAUUAAUGACGUAAUAAAUAUUGAUAAUGAUACCCAAUUUGUUAUGUAUACCGACGACACCAGUUUAUUUUUUAAUUCUUCCGAUAUUAAACAAUUAAUAAAUCAUGCAAAUAAUGUUCUCGAUAAAUUAAACGAAAUGACCCUGUUGAAUUCACUAGCUAUUAACAAGUCCAAAAGAAAAGCUGUACUUUUCAGACCUAAAAAUCAGAAAGCAAAUAUUGAGAACCCCCUCAUGAUAGGGACUUCAACUGUGGAUGUUGUGCCCUCAGUUAAAAGCCUAGGAGUUGUAUUUGAAGAACACUUAGUUUGGAACAAACUUAAUGAAAUAAUUGCUAAUAAACUCUCUCGCGUCGUAGGUAUUCUUACAAAGUUGCGGUUUUUUCUACCCACUAAUAUAAAAUUGCUUAUUUACAAUUCCCUGUUUCUUUCUCACAUCAACUACUGCCACCUAGUUUGGGGGAUUACAACCACGUCAAACCUUACUAAACUCUUUUCACUACAGAAAAAAGCCGUGCGCGUUAUCACUGGCUCUCCCUACGAUGCG